AGAAACUAUUCAAGAUUCAUUUAGUCACUACAAUGGGUACCCGAAAUUCCUCUGUCGCUCUUCUUCUUUUGUUUAUCUCUGUAUCGUUGUCAGUAUCACUAUCUGUAUCAGUAUCAUCGACUCUUCCUUCCGAGUUCUCCAUACUUGGUGAUCAAGAAACCAAUGUUUUAUCAAGCGAAAAAAUCACUGAAUUGUUCAGAAAAUGGAAGGAGAUGCAUGGAAAAACAUAUGCGCAUGAAGAAGAAGAAGCACGAAGGCUUGGGAAUUUCCGCAAGAGUUUGAAGUAUAUAUUGGAGAAGAACUCGAAACGGAAAUCAGAGACUGAACAUAUGGUGGGAUUGAACAAGUUUGCUGAUCUAAGUAACGAAGAGUUCAAAGAGAUGUACUUUUCAAAAGUCAGGGGUCCUAGAAGCAAUAAACUAAAGAUGAGGGGUGCUAAAAGAAACACGACUUUAAGUUCGAAGUCUUGUGAUGCACCCGCUUCUUUGGAUUGGAGAGACAAGGGAAUCGUUACACCAAUCAAGGACCAAGGACAGUGCGGAAGUUGUUGGGCAUUCUCUGUAACCGGGUCCAUUGAAGGUGUACAUGCACUUGCAACCGGCGACCUGAUUAGCCUGUCAGAGCAAGAGCUCGUUGACUGUGACACAAACGAUUAUGGUUGUAAUGGUGGAAACAUGGACACUGCAUACAGAUGGAUUAUUAAAAAUGGUGGAAUUGAUUCUGAAGCCGAUUAUCCUUAUACUAGUUCAAAUGGUAGGGAUGGUAAAUGCGAUAAAACAAAGUCGAAAAAAUCAGUUGUAACAAUCGAAAGCUAUGUGGAAGUAGAAUCAAAAAAUGAAGACGCACUCCUUUGUGCUGUCGCCAAACAGCCUGUUACUAUUGGUAUUGAUGGCUCAGCCUAUGACUUCCAACUAUAUACCGGGGGUAUCUACGAUGGCGAAUGCUCAAGCAGUCCAAACAGCAUAGACCAUGCAGUGCUGGUGGUUGGAUAUGGUACGCAAGAUGGUGAAGACUAUUGGAUCGUGAAGAACCAGUGGGGUACCUAUUGGGGAAUGGAAGGUUACAUUUUAAUGAAAAGGAACACCAAUAAUAAAAAUGGUGUUUGUGGGAUGUACCUUGAGCCACUUUACCCUACCUCCGGUGUCCUACCACCACCUAGUCCACCAUCACCACCGGCACCACCAUCUCCACCACCACCUCCACCAUCACCAUCACCUAGCAAGUGUGGUGACUUCUCAUAUUGUCCGGCAGACCAGACAUGUUGUUGCAUCUUCGAGAUCUAUAACUAUUGUUUGAUGUAUGGGUGUUGUGGUUACACCAAUGGUGUGUGUUGCAAGGGUUAUUCCGCUUGUUGCCCUAGUGAUUAUCCGGUUUGUGACGUUAAAGAUGGAUAUUGUUUUAAGAAAUCGGGAGAUACUGUUGGAGUGAAGGCAAAGAAGAAACAAUUGGCCAAACACAAGAUGCCAUGGGAGAAGAUUGAGGAGACACUCGUGGAAGAGUAUCAAUCACUCGUGUGGAAGAGGAACCCGUUUGCAGUUGCAGCUUAAGAACAGGAAAAAAGGGAUGUUUUUAUUAAAUCCCUUAUGUACUUUUAAGGGUUAUAUGUAAUAUUUCUUCAUUAGAAACCUUAAUUUGAACCUAAACCUAGUUAAUUACAUAAAUGUAUUUCUUGAAAACACAUCGUAAUUGUGGUAUUUUGACGAUUGCAUGCGUGUGUGUCGUUGAAUUACGCUAUUGUUUAGAUGUGUUUCUUGAAAUAAUUAAGUUGCGAACAGUGGUACUAAUUAAUCUCACUUGCGAUUUACAUGUACCAAAUAUGUAAGUUGAUAUGAUUUGCACAUUAUUCUAUAUAGUAAUGUUAAAUUAUAUGUGGCAUUCAA